UUAACGUUUGUUAAAUUUGGAGAAUUAACACUACUUUUUAAAGUAAUUUAUUAGGAAUAGAUGUCACACAAUCACAAAGCUGUCAUGAUCAUGUUAAAUAUAUGCUAAUUAUGUGUUUUGGAAAUUUGAGUCAAAGUGUUGACCAAAGAAUGAUAUUAAUUUUACCUAAAUAGUUUCAUCAACAUUGGAUAAAUGGAUUAAAAGCUGAAUUAUCUUAUAUUUACCGAAAUAAAAUUGUUGGCUGAAAGUAAGGAAAUGCAGUUAACAUAACUGAUGAUACUAGUGCAUAUUUAACGAUAACUUCGCUUAAUUAAAAAGAAAGCAAUACUGACGUAAACUAAUAUCUCAGUACUAACAGAAGAGGCUACAUUGUCGUAUGUUGUUACUAAUCAUAAAUAAAGAUCAAUAAGAAAGUCAACCAAUGAACGCUUAUGAGACAUUUUAAGCUGUCGGAUAUAGGGGACAGACAUAUAAACGAGCGAGCGGACGCUCUUGAUAAUUCCAAGUGUUAACAAAACAACAAAGAAGCAAACUCAAUCAACGUGCAAAACACUUAACCGCAAUAAAUCAAGAAUACGAACACAGACUAGAUAUACAUUAACGAUUGCAAGUGAGAAGAAACGUUAAUCAGUAGGAGCAGAUAUCUUUGAGCAUUAGUUCACUAUCAAGAAAGAAACGCGUGGCCAUGGUGACGAUUUUAGCUUUAUUUUUGGCGGGAAUUUUGACAUGUGUGCUUGGAGACUGUCCACAUACGCGGUCUAAUUACAAAAGAUGGUCGAACGAUGCAGAUUGGUUGAAUGGAAGGCCCAUCGAUGGAGAAAACCUUGUAAUCGUCGACAACGUAAUAAUAGACAGCUCAACUCCCGACUUUCACAAUGUGACCAUUUUAUCAACCGGAAGUUUAACCUUUGACCCGGAAGUGGAUCUAAAAUUUCGAGCAGCGAAUAUCAUGGUAGAUGGGCGAUUCGAGAUUGGGAAUGAUGAUUGCCCGUAUAAAGGGAAACUUGAAAUAACACUUACUGGUACCCGCGAGGACCACAUGAGUGAAAGUAACGGCAAGUCAUUGUUGGUACGGUACGGAGGAAAACUCGAAAUCCACGGGCAGCCUAAACGUUCCUGGACAAAAUUGACGGCUACUCUUAAACCUGACUCAGAAAACACGGAUGUUGUAUACGAUCAUACACGGAAUGGUACGUUUGAAACCGUUAACUCAUGGGUACAGGGACUUGGGGUUUACACAUUUGCUGACACGGUGCUAGGACCAGUGGUGCGGAGAUUUGGGAUGUACGAUCUUCAGUGGCAUGGAUUGGAUCUUGUGAAACAUCUUGAAAGCGUCAAAGAUGGAGAAAUUCUGUUAAUGGCUAGCCAGAAAGAUAUCCGGAAGGCCAAGGAAGAUAAAAACCAGUUUCGGGUCUACGACGCCCUUGAAACACUUAUUUAUGGGGAGCCCACGGGAAAAUCUAUUCUCCGACGCUACGUACAGGACGGCAGCACAUGGGCAUUUGCAUUUCAAAAAGGAAAUCCAUUGAGUCUGCGGGAAGUGACAAGUCCGUUGGGAGUGACAUCACAGGCGUUAUUUUACGCAAAAAGUGGUUUAAUCUAUUCCGCCGAAGCACUUGGAAACAGCGAAAAUGUGCACGACCAGAACGAUAACUUCCGGGUAGCAUUUGUCAAUGGCAUUUUUCCAUUGGUCAAUCUGGUUGGUGACGUCACAACUUGGCUAUCAGGCGACCGGAUUGCCAUAGCGUCCACAGACUAUGGCGGCUGGCAGGCGGAGGAAGCGGAAGUUGUUUUCUGUGAUGACUGUUCCAACACUCAAAUUCGGAUUAAUAAACGUCUUAAAUAUACUCACUGGGGCGAGUUUGUGGCGAGUCAAAUAGACAUGAGAGGGGAAGUCGCAAUGCUGUCGCGAAAUAUCGUCAUACAGGGAGAAAUGUUACGAGAAUGUCCUUCAUUCAACGGCAACUGCGAAGAAAAAGAAAUUCACAAAAGAGACACAUUUGGUGCUCAUAUAAAGAUUCUAAAUGGAUUUGGAAGUGCCCGGAUGUCAAACUUCGAGAUGCGAUAUGUGGGGCAACACACUGACAAGGGACGCUAUCCAAUUCACUUUCACAUGGCACUUGACAGGGAUGCUGGAGUUCCGGCCCCUUAUGUUCGCUCCGUUAGCAUUCAUAACUCGUUCGCAAGGUGCAUAACCCUACACGGAACACAUUCGGUCCAGGUGAUUGAUAAUGUGUGUUACGACCAUCUUGGGCAUGGCUAUUUCCUGGAGGACGGCGGAGAAAAGAACAAUACAUUUGAUGGGAAUCUUGCUAUGAACACCCGCAAAGGCACUGGAUUUCUCGAACCCAUGGAUAAAGAACGUCCAGCUGGUUUUUGGAUCACAAACCCAAAAACGUACUUCCGGAACAAUGUUGCGGCUGGCGGCGAGGGAAUGGGUAUCUGGGUGGUAUAUCCGAACGCUCCUCUCGGCCCGUCCGCCUUUAUCGAUCCACCCUUAAUGAAGGAUUUGGAGGCACAGAGGACGCCUUUCUCAGAGUUUGUUAACAAUGCGGCGCACUCUCAAGAUAAUUUCGGCGUAUUUAUUGGUGGUCGGCUGAAGGCUGAUAGAACCACCCAUUGCUGUAACAUGUGGCAACCCCGUGUCAACACAUCGGAUCCAGAUUCAGAACCCCUCAUUAUAUCACUUUCUAAAAUAACAGGCUACAAAUGCAGAUUCAUAAAUAUCUGGAUCGAGGGAGGAUUACUGGAUGUUUCGCGUGUGUCGUCCUCGGAUGCUUUGAAUGGAGUUAUGGUCACAAAUGAGGGGCAACAGUUUGUUCGAGGUGGCAAACUUAGUAACGCUGUGAUUGUAGGAGAAAGCCAAAAUAAGGGUGUUCCCAUCUGGCAAAAGGUGGACAUUGACAGAGCGCUGCCGUUCUUCUGGGAGAUUGACGCUGUCCAAUCCGGCCUGACGAUGUGGAAAGGACCAAUGAAAUUCAACAAUUUGUGGUUCGAUGGUUUCCAUGACAACGAACGUUACGAUAUUGCAGCCAUUGCCCAAAAACGUAACUCUCCGUAUUUUUCCUCGAUGAAGAACACGUUUACCAAUAUCACCUUCGCCUUCAUAGAUGGGCCCGGUCAUGGUCAACUAGCUAUAUCCGGUGUAAAGGGAGUUAAUCCAGGCUGGGACUCAAACCGAGAUGGAGAGAUGAUUGCCGGCUUCACCUUGAAAGAAGGGGACCAGACGACAUACGUAGUCAGACCAGACGAUUUCUCGGCCGCAGCAGACGACUGUGUUAUAAGGAGACACUGGAGACUUGCACGUUGUAGAACAAAGUUCGGAAAUCUUCAAGUACAUGGAAACUUCGAGCACCGCCGCGCCAUCUUUGUCCGCGAUCAGCUACCAAGCGCUCAGCUGGACUUUGAGAUGCACAUAGCCACUGGUCCUCAAGUGGUUUUGGAUGGAAGCUCAACAUAUACCGUCCACUUUAAACCCUCCAUGGGCGAUUGGAUACGCAUUGAGGUCAAUGGACUCGAUGAGGGCGAUAAGCUGAGAAUUGGGGUAUGCACACCACUUAGUGCUGAAGUAGAAAUCCAAUCCCUCCAUCCAUUCAACUUCUGGCAUCGGUCACAAUUCUUAGAGGUUGCCUCCCUUGAGGAAUUGGACCGUGACGAACCUGGUCUGGACGGAAAGAAAGUGUUCUUUGACACGAAAACAGGAAUGAUGUACUACAAGUUUAUCAAUCUGGAAAGCCGUCAUCCGGACGAAGACCAGUCGUGUAACAACGGCAAGUGCCCGGAAUUCCGAGUCCGCGUUAUCUCAGGCGACUACAAUGAUUCCGACUGCAGAUCAAGGCUAUAUACUGCUAAAGAGCUCGCAAGAACAAGGCAUCCUCCGCUCCACAUUGACGACUCCCCAAUCUUUCCAACAGCACAGAAGUCGCCUCCUCCGGAUUUCGGUGCGGGGUCGUUGUUUCCAUUUGAAGGUCGUGUGGCGAUUGACGGUGGAUGGAGUAAUUGGGGUGUUUGGUCGCAAUGUUCUCUGUCUUGUGGAGAGGGUACACAGUACAGGCAACGUCAGUGCAGCUCUCCACUUCCGGAUGGCGAGGGAGCUCACUGCGCAGGGCUGAUAUCUCAGGUCCGGUCCUGCAUUGUCAAACACUGCCCUAUCAAUGGCGAGUUUACUGAAUGGACGAGGUGGAGUAAGUGUAAAGCGUUGAAGACAAACGAGGCUGGGGACUGCAACGGACGAUCCGGAAGAAAGCGGUCGUGCACUAAGCCUGCAACGCGAUAUAACGGAGAGUACUGUGCCGGAAGUAUCCUGGAAGUUAAACCUUGUCUACUUCCGGGAUGUUGAGUGUAUAUAUAUAUAAGACUGACCCGUGACAAACAGAAAUAGAAAUACUUUUUGGAAAUUGUAUUUUUUUAUUAUGAUGGCAAAUUUGUUUCAAACUGAAAGCUUGAAGAUCUGUAGUUAUUGUGAAAGCUACUGAUUACCUUCUUAAAGGUAAAAAAACUAUAUAGAUGCACAAAAACACCUUAUUAUUUCAAUACAUUAUUUUUGAAGAAUUAGCCCCUGGAUCGGGGUUUAAAUCAAUAGAUACGUGGCCACAAAUUACCCAGUGAUUUAAAAGCGCCAAAUUAUCGCUUAUAUUAAUAGUCUUUAUCUGUAGACAAAUCAUAUGCCUUUUUCUGAUUCGAACAUUUUAGGUCAAAUGGGUUAAAUGAUAAUAUAUUAAAAUUGAUAAAUUUGUUUUGUGCAUCUAUCGAAACUGUUUCGCUUUAAGAUCUCCCACUAUGAGCGCCGCUAUCCUAUUUGCAAUUUUAAAAAUCUAUGACGUCAUAUUCCUCAUUGACGUCAUUUUCUCGUUGACGUCAUGUUUAUUUCUGGUUGUCACGGUUUAAGUACUGAUAUAAGAUUAAAGCUGCACUCUCACAGAUAUACCAUUUUUACAACUUUUUUUAUUUUUUUUCUUGGAAAGAGCAAUUUUUUGCGUAAAUAUCUGUAAACCAAUGAUAUAAGGUUACUGACAAAAAAUCAGAUCCAAGAUUUUCAUAUAACCGUUCGAAAAUUAAUGUUUUAUGGCUAAAACCCUUACUAACGGUUUAAGAAAAAUGCAUAUAACAUCAUCUUUUUAACUUAAAUAUAAAAAUCUGCGAUCUAAUUUUUUGUCAGCAAUCUUAUAUAACUGGUUUCCAUGGAUUUUCGCAAACAUUGGCUCGUUCCAAGACAAAAAAAUAAAAAAAAGUUGUCAAAACGUUCGAUCUGUGAGAGUGCAGCUUUAAGCUCUCAUUUCGUGAUAAAGUAUUAUUUAAGUUAUUGUAAAUUGGAUUUGGACAUCUUUAUAGGAUGGAAGAAGACAAACGAGUAUCCAUGUUGGUUUUCGUAAAUUAUUCCUGCAUUAUAAAUAUUAUUGUACUGUAAUUUUACUUUGAAUACAUGCAUUGCAGCAUAUUCACUUCUCAUAAAAUUCAGUGCUCAUGUUUAGUGUUCUGUUAUCUGUUAACCUUAGAUACACAUGUAAUAUAACGCUUGUAUAUUGUAGUGAAUUCUUUAACUGAGUCAAAUACGUAUGUUUAUGAGCCUCAUCGCGAAUUUUUGGCCCUUUGGACAUACUGUUCUUUUUAUCGUUUUAUUAAGAAUUAAGAAUGGAGGAAACUUAAGUGGGCAAUACUAAAAAUGUCAUGGUGAUAUCUCUAACAUUGCGUACAUAGUCUAAGAUACGUUUUACUUGUAAGACAAUGCAUUGCGCAUUUUGAAUACUAAAUUUGACGUCACACACAUGACGUCAUUACGAAAAUAUAUUAUUGCAAUGCCACCAACUAAUAACGAAUCAAUAUUCCAACUAGCGUAUAACUUUAGCUGCUAUGCUAACAUGGAAUCUUUAUGUAGCAUAAAAACAGAAAGGUUUGACGAUUAUUUUUGUAUUUGUAAACAAUCGGUCCGUUUUAAACAGACGAGUCAAGAUUAAAAAAGUGAUUGCUAAAGAAACCUGAGUAAAGCAAUAGUCUUAUAAUGUCAACGAAAAGUAUGAGACAAUGACAAAACUUUUAAGGAAAGAAGCUAGAAAUCAAUUAAAACCUAGUGAAGAAAUAAUUGUUUUUGGUAUUUAUUUUAAUGAUUAUUUCGUGUGUAAUAAUUAUGUCUAAUGGCUCAAAAAUGCGAUACGUGGCUCCCUUAUUCUCCAUGUCACAUAAGUCAGAUACUACUUCUAGAUCAAUUUUAAACAUUCCAAUCGCAUGUCUUAAGUUUAUUUUGUUAUACAUGUAUAUGUGUUUUCUACCGUUUCUAGACCGAGUUAUUUGCCUACGUUUACCCUUUUUUAUUUCCAUAUAUUUGCGAACCUUUAAAGUUCUGUCAAACUUAAAACUCGGUAAAGAUUCCGACCAACAAAUGUAUAUAUUGUGUAUGCCUGGUGCUCCAUACUGUUUUGGUAUUAUUUGAAAACGGUUUGUGUACAGGACAGGCGAGUAGAAAAACAUCCACUACGAACAGCAAUAACAGUUACUUUUAUCUUAUUUAUAUCACACAUGUUUGUUAAGUAUUGUUAAUCAUUUGUCUCUCCCAUUAUCAGUUGUUUUAUAUAUGCGUAUAUUGCAUGUUUCUUGUUUUAUUCUUUUGACAUAGCCUCGUUUCUUAUUAUGUAUUUCUUUGUCUCAUAUACUCAUAAUGUCAUGUUUCCAUGAACUGGGUUCUU